GCCCCACCCCGAGAGGCCACGCCUCUGGCCUCCAAUGGGAGGAGGCUGAGAGGCGGGGCGGGACAGACCGAAGCCCCGGGGUCCAAGUUCCAACCCCCGCCUGCGGGCUGCCAGGGCAUCACCUCCCCGGCAGAGCCCCAAGCUGUGGCGCGGGCUGGUCUAGCCUCUGCUCCAGUGCCCGCACUGUGCCCUGCAUCCCGGGAGUCCAGCUCCAGCUGCGGCGACGCGGCAGGUGCCUCCCCUUCUUGGGGACGUGGUCACCAUGUUCUCCUGCGCGAAGGCCUACGAGGACCAGAACUACUCGGCGCUGAAGCGGGCCUGCCUGCGCAAGAAGGUGCUGUUCGAGGACCCCCUCUUCCCUGCCACGGACGACUCCCUCUACUAUAAGGGCACCCCAGGGCCCACAGUCAGGUGGAAGCGGCCUAAGGAUAUCUGCGACGAUCCCCGGCUCUUCGUAGACGGCAUCAGCUCCCACGACCUGCACCAGGGCCAGGUGGGCAACUGCUGGUUUGUGGCUGCCUGCUCGUCACUGGCCUCCCGAGAGUCACUCUGGCAGAAGGUCAUCCCAGACUGGAAGGAGCAGGAAUGGAACCCCGAGAAACCUGACAGCUAUGCCGGCAUCUUCCAUUUCAACUUCUGGCGCUUUGGGGAGUGGGUGGACGUGAUCGUCGAUGACCGGCUGCCCACAGUCAACAACCAGCUCAUUUACUGCCACUCCAACUCCAAAAAUGAGUUCUGGUGUGCCCUGGUGGAGAAGGCCUAUGCCAAGCUGGCAGGCUGUUACCAGGCCCUGGACGGAGGCAACACGGCCGAUGCACUGGUGGAUUUCACAGGUGGUGUUUCUGAACCCAUUGACCUGACCGAGGGGGACUUGGCCACUGACGAGACUAAGAGAAAUCAGCUCUUUGAGCGCGUGCUGAAGGUGCACAGCAGAGGCGGGCUCAUCAGUGCCUCCAUCAAGGCUGUGACAGCAGCUGACAUGGAGGCCCGCCUGGCAUGUGGCCUGGUAAAGGGCCAUGCAUAUGCUGUCACUGAUGUGCGCAAGGUGCGCCUAGGCCACGGCCUGCUGGCCUUCUUCAAGUCAGAGAAGCUAGACAUGAUCCGCCUGAGGAACCCCUGGGGCGAGCGGGAGUGGACCGGGCCCUGGAGUGACACGUCAGAGGAAUGGCAGAAAGUGAGCAAGAGUGAGAGGGAGAAGAUGGGCGUGACCGUGCAGGAUGACGGUGAAUUCUGGAUGACCUUUGAGGACAUGUGCCGGUACUUUACCGACAUCAUUAAGUGCCGCCUGAUUAACACGUCCUACCUGAGCAUCCAUAAGACAUGGGAGGAGGCCCGGCUGCACGGUGCCUGGACGAGACAUGAAGACCCACAGCAGAACCGCAGCGGAGGCUGCAUCAACCACAAGGACACGUUCUUCCAGAACCCACAGUACGUAUUUGAAGUCAAGAAGCCAGAAGAUGAAGUGUUGAUCAGUAUCCAGCAGCGGCCGAAGCGCUCAACUCGCCGGGAGGGCAAAGGUGAGAAUCUGGCCAUCGGCUUCGACAUCUAUAAGGUGGAAGAGAACCGCCAGUACCGUAUGCACAGCCUACAGCACAAGGCUGCCAGCUCCAUCUACAUCAAUUCGCGCAGCGUUUUCUUGCGGACAGAGCUGCCCGAGGGCCGCUAUGUUAUCAUCCCUACCACCUUCGAGCCAGGUCACACUGGCGAGUUCCUGCUCCGAGUCUUCACAGAUGUCCCCUCCAACUGCCGGGAGCUACGCCUGGAUGAGCCCCCUCGGACCUGUUGGAGCUCCCUCUGUGGCUACCCUCAGCAGGUGGCCCAGGUCCAUGUCCUGGGGGCUGCUGGCCUCAAGGACUCCCCAACAGGAGCAAAUUCAUAUGUGAUCAUCAAGUGUGAGGGCGAAAAGGUUCGUUCAGCUGUGCAGAGAGGGACCUCGACACCAGAGUACAACGUGAAAGGCAUCUUCUAUCGCAAGAAACUGGCUCAGCCUAUCACCGUGCAGGUUUGGAAUCACCGAGUCCUGAAGGAUGAAUUCCUGGGCCAGGUGCACCUGAAGACUGCCCCGGACGACCUGCAAGACCUCCACACCCUCCAUCUCCAGGACCGCAGUAGCCGGCAGCCCAGCGACCUGCCGGGCAUUGUAGCUGUGCGGGUCCUCUGCAGUGCCUCUCUCACCGCAGUCUGAUGCCAGCCUGCCUGUCCUGCCCCACUAGUCCUCACCACUACUCGCAUGUCCCCACCUCGCCUGGGACCAGCCUGGGACACCGGGGCCCUUUCCUUACUCUUCCACUGACCCACUGUGCAACCUGAAGAGAGCCCUGCCUUCUCUGAGCCUCAGUGUUUGGAGGGCCCCAAAGAAUUCCCGUCUUGUGGGGGAGUUUUCUUGCCUAAGAUUUAAAGCAGUUCUCUCUACCCAGUGGGCGCUGCUGCUAAGGGGCUAUCUGUUGAAACCGUCUCCCCAGGCCCUGCUGUCUGCCAGGAGUGCCAAGAUGUCACUUGUUUACACACAAACUGCCAUGUCCCAAGCCCCUUCCCUCUCCUUGUUUGCUAUGGGGGAGAUUGCUUCCCUCCCCAGAUCUUUGCUUUGUAGCUUAGAGUGACCUUAAACUCAUGAUCCCCCUGCCUCCACCUCCUCAGUGCCAUACCACUACACCAAUUUGAGUGGUGCUGGGUAUGGAACCCAGGGCUUUGUGCAUGCUAGGCGAGCACUUACCAACUGAGCUACACCCCCAAUCCCACCACAGCCCAUUUUAAAAACAUCUUGAAAGAACCCUUAGUGGACAUAUUCAGGAGACAUCUGCUCAUUGUCUAAUGCCCGACCCCCAUUCAUUUAGUUAUUCAAUAUAGACUUGUUCGAUUAACCCAAUAUGCCUCCCUAGGCUUCCCAAUUCUCAGGUCUUCUCGGAGGCAGAUACCUUCCUGAGCUCCAGGCUCUGACAUCACCCUCUGAAGAGCUAUGGUCAUGCUGGUGAGAAGGUGUGAUUUCCCAACCUCUGCUUGUGGUGUUGGAAGGAGUGGCCUGGUCAGGCAGGUUGAUGUAAGGCUAUGGGAGAUCCAAGGGGGACAUAUGCUGCCUCUGCUGAGAGACCCUGGAGUUUUCUUGGAAGAAAGGACUCUAGGGUGGAUGGUAUCAGGCCUUCAGGGUUAGAUCAUCUGUCGGGUGUCACAGAUGGGGACUUCUCAUGACCAGAGGGCUCUGCACCAGCAUCCCCAAAGAGCCAAGGAGGCCGCCAUGCUUUUACUGUCCAGACCAAAAUGUUGCUCUCAAUCCUCAACAUUUGAUAGUCUUAGCAUUUAAAAUAUCUCCGUGUAAGGGAGGUCAGGCCCCACAUUUGUUCUCUGCAAACUCACUUUGUUGAUCGUCUGCUUUUAUCUUGUCAUUGAGCACGAGAGGGCACAGGCACAGUGGGACCUUCUUGGAGGAAUCUCAGAGAGGAACAGAGAUGAGAUGUUCAUUCCUGGCUGCCAUCUGCAUUCCUGAGGAACUCUUGUUUACUGGUGCUGUGGCUCACAGGUCCCCCUCUGUGCCCUCCUUCAGCUUCCAGACUAGACUUAGUAGAUUAAAAAAAAAAAAAAAAAUAUAUAUAUAUAUAUAUAUAUAUAUACAAUUAAGUUAUCAGCCACGAUUCCUUUUGGGACUGUUACAUUCUGCCUCUGGUCCCUCCGACGUGGUCUUCUUCCUGGCUGGAGGUGCUGGAUUCUGACUGCCAUCUUGCUCCAUGGUGGCUCUUCUGGCCUGGGACCUGGUCCACAGGAAGGGCUGGGAGCUGAAUUAAAGACAAGAGCAUUCCUCCUGCACACUCGGGGCUUCCACCAGGAGCAAAUCACUUCAACCUCCCGUGCCUCAAUUCCUCCCGCUGUAGCAUGGGGCUCGAGACUCCUAUUUAUGAGGACUCUUAGAAGGAUAAGAGCAAGGUCACACCACUUCCGCCGUGUGUCAAUCUGUCAUACACUCUGCACGGUCACAUGAUCACUCCACUUCUCAAUGGCCAUUGCAGACGAAGACUGCAGUCAGGAAGGGAGGAGAAUGAGCUCCUGCCUCACAAUCUUGGGUCUCAGGGCCUGACAUGGGGGUCUUAGCUCAGCCAUAUCCUCUGAGGCACAGGGCGAGCAGGGACCAAGUAGCAGACGUGUCGAUGCUUCACCUGGCAUUUAGCCACUGCCCCCCACUUCUAGCAGAACUGGGCCAGCAGCCCUGUUCUUGCUUCCUCUCUCAUAAGCUAGGCCAGGCUGGCUCCUGGCUGUGAAGGAACUUCUGGUCCCCAAGAAGCCUUGAAGACUGGGCCAGUGAGGACAGGGUGGGGCAGGGAUAGCCGUGGCUUUAUUUAUUGUUUGCACCCAGGAGGCCUUGUAGUGUUCUAGUUGCAGGUGAUCAGCCCUACAGUGUAUUAUUCUACAUGGACCAACAGGGCCUGGCCGUCACUCCUCCAGGCCACAAUGCCCUGGGGUCAAGGGAAAGGAACUCUGUUAUCUUCUCAGAAUAAAUAUUACUGCCACUCUAGAG